GUGACGGCUGCCGAUCGCUCUUAAGAACUUUGCCAUCCCGCUUUGCGAUUACCGCCGUCCCAGAUUCCCAUGGCGAGCUGCUCCACGCCCCACGACUCGGUCCAGCCCUGGCAUUUUGGCCAUCGUCCUCUACCUAGGUAGCUGUUCAGAACCAGCCUCGUGCUCCUGUCCAUGCUCCCGCUGGCCGGGUAGUUCCUCGACUCUCCACGAUUCCAGAUCCGACGGCCGAUGAUGCCUCUGCUUGCACAACUUCCCUUUGAGCUUCGCCAUCUCAUCAUUGCUCGCAUCGCCACCGACAACCAGCACCAGCGUCACGUGCUCCCAGCCCUCGCAUCUGUGUCCGCCGAGUGGCAGACUGCCAUAGAGGCCUUCACCUUUGCCCGCAUCCAUCUCAUCCCAGAACGCCUCGAUACCUUUGCCAGCAUAGUUGUUGGCAGCCGUCGUGCUCGGCUCAGAGUCCUGUCCCUCCAUGUCCCUCUCGACCCGUAUCCGUCUCGCCUCAACGACGACAAGGAACUGCCAGAUGCACGCAAGCACACGUCUGCCACCGUCAUCAAGCCACUUGAGCGUCUUUUCGACAUUCUCCACGAUUGGCCUCAGCCCCCACCUCUUCAUCGAGUAUGCUUGCUGCUCUCGGUCGACUCCGUGAGCGAUACGGCCAGAGAUGAGAAAUGGGAUCACACGGGCUUGACGCACCGAGCUCGCAGUAGCCCGCUCAAGCUCGAACGGGUGCCCAUGACCCUGCAGCCCAACAGUUUAAUCCACAGCAUCAGAUGUACGGGGCGCCACUUGCAGCCAACGUCUCUCCUUGCCAUAGGGUCCCGGUGCACCGUCCUAGACACAUUGGAUGUCGAGCUCAAUCACGACUCGUCUAGUGACAGAGACGAGAAACAAAGAGCUGGUCAUCUUUGCUGGCAGCCUUGAGCUGCAAACGCCCCGCAUACGACAUCUUCACCUUCGUCGCCCAAAGGCCCUUCCAGGAUCCAACAUUGCUCCGCGGCGGCAGCCCUGGUCGGCUUUCUACUCUGGGUUGAGGCGCUUUAGUCAGCAGUGCGAGUCGCUUGUGUUUGAUGAUUGCGUAUAUGCUCUCGAGUU